GCCGCGUCCACACCGUGCGCUGUUGUGUCUCGCGCGUUGUUGCUUGUGUGCUGCGUUUUUAAAUACCUGUCUUGAGUCAUUGCACCUUCCCCGCUCGAGAGCGCACUCCGGGCAACUGGGCGCAAGAAGUGAACGCCAACCGAACGCGCAGCCGAGAAGUUUGCGCUACACGCGAUACCUGUUAAUCUUUCGUGCGACGGGACGUAAUCUUGCGGAAAAGUUGUUGAUCCUGUUUGAUUUACACGCGAGGACUUGCCGGAGUGAUAAAUCACGAGGAAAACAAGCCAAAGUGUGUUUCCAAUUGGAUUUCUAACAUUUUACAUAACCAUUGUGCUUGAUUUGUUUUAUUUUUGUGUUUGGAAGUUUUCAAAAUCACCCCUAGUGAGAGGUUUUGCACCGGUGCGUUAAUUAAAUCACCUUUAUUUGGGCAGAGUAUAGACCAGCUGAACAGCACUUGUCGAUCGAAUUAUGCCGCCCAGUUAACGAUGCGGCUGCGCAAUGACCGCCCACGCACCAUUUCGACCAAUGCGAACGCAAACACAUCGAAGUAGGCGUAGCCUGCUGGGACUCACGGGGGCGGUGCUGGUAUUACUCGCGUCGUUGCAAUCAUGCGCGUGCUACCUCCUGCUCGUCACCGAGGACCAACUACCCGGCGACCUCAUCUUCGACGCGUCGGUGUACAAGCUGGGCUCCGAGCGCGAUUACAAAAUCAAUUUGGAGCGCUCGGCGUCGUUCGUGUCGCGCCUCCUCCGGGUCGACCCGCACAACGGUCGCGUCUCGCUCAAACAACGACUGGAGUGCAACUCACUCUACUAUCCGAAUCUAUUCACCGUGCACAUAGACUCCACUUCGAAUAGGCUGCGAGACAUUGACUACUACAGUCUGCCGUUGAGGAUAUUCAUCGUCGGCAAGGAAUGUUCCAAAGAUGCGGAGGAGGAGGAGGAUUUGGAGGCGGAGUUUGGUUUAGAGGGUGGUUCCAGAAGCAGGAGGAGCAUCACAUACAAUCCAUUUCUGCAUCGGGCGCAUCCGAAUGUAAGAACACGAAUUACCGAUGCGAAACAAUGGAUUUCGGAGACUUAUGCGUCUUUUGCUAUCCCGACUGCUGAUAAAUGGAGGAAGAUCUGUUUGAGACAGUCGCAGUUUGUCAACUCUGUAUCUGCAUUUCUUCCGAGAACUAUAGCGAAAUCAUGUGAGGUUGAUUUCAUUGAUGUGAGCGAUCGACGCUUUAAAAUCGAACAGUCACAAGGUGACCUCGUCGCUGCUGAAGACGUCUGCAUCAGGGAACCACUCUGGAAAGUUGUCAUCUUUUUCACUACUCGGUGUAAAGAUUCCAGAGUAUUAGACUCUGACCACCGACUUAAGAUUGUCUACCAUCAUCAAGUUUUUAAUGAUACUGAUAUCGCAAAGCGGGUUAGACGGGAACUACGUAAUCAAAGCCCAUUCUUUGAACAACAUUUAUACGUUGUAAGUGUACUGGAAGAAUGUGAACCUGGAGUGGUUGUCACUACACUGAAAGCAAGAGAUCCAGAAAACUCACCAGUCACAUACUCAAUGACAUCCUUGCUGGAUUCAAGGACACAGUCUAUGUUUGACAUCGAUUCGAAGACGGGAAUAGUCACUACCAAAGUGCAACUUGAUCGCGAGUUGGUAGAUGUGCACUAUUUCCGAGUAACAGCGACUGAUGACAGUUUUCCGCCGAGGAGUGGAACUAGCAUGUUGCAGAUAAACGUGUUGGAUGCGAAUGAUCACACGCCUGCGUUCGAAAUGAAUGAAUAUGAUGCUACGGUUAGGGAAGGUGUUAGUUUUGGAAGCACCGUGUUGACCCUGAAAGCAACUGAUCAGGAUAUUGGGAAAAAUGCGGAAGUGGAGUAUGCUGUGCAGAGUGUUAAUGGAGGUGGGAUUAGUACUGCCGAAGAAGAUAAUAACGCGUUUAAAAUCGAUGCCAAGACUGGAGUGAUUACGACUCGGACCAAUUUGGAUAGAGAGACAACUGAGGUUUACACGUUGAUUGUUACUGCGACUGAUCAAGCCACACCAGCUAGCGCAAGAAGAAGUGCAAGUGCGAGUGUUGUCAUUCGAGUCCUUGAUGAUAAUGAUAACUACCCGCAGUUUUCGGAACGUGCCUACACAGCUACCGUCAACGAAGACAUCAAUUGGAAUGAAAAUCCUGUUGUUGCACAUAUCAAGGCAACUGAUGCUGACCAAGGGAACAACGCAGCUAUUCGUUUCGCAAUCAUCGGGGGUAACACCCAAAGCCAGUUUACAAUCGACAGUCUCACUGGAGAUGUAACGCUCGUCAAACCAUUGGAUUACGAAACUAUUCGUUCGUAUAGAUUGGUCAUACGCGCACAAGAUGGCGGAAGUCCAGCGAGAAGUAACACAACACAACUUUUAAUAAAUGUAAAAGACGUCAAUGACAAUGCGCCUCGAUUUUACACAUCACUUUUUCAAGAAUCCGUGUCUGAAAGUGUGUCUACCGGCUAUAGCAUUGUUAAAGUUCAAGCGUACGAUGCGGACGAAGGUCCCAACGCUGACAUAAAAUACACUAUCGCUUCCCAGGACGCACAGGGUAUGUCUACUGAAGAUAUUCCCUUGUCUGUUGACUCGCAUACUGGCUGGAUCUACACCACCAAAGAAUUGGACAGAGAAGAACAUCCCAAGUACAGUUUCCAGGUCAUUGCAAGUGACCAAGGCAAUCCACCACAAUCUGCCAGUGCUAGUAUAAUCAUUACCGUGCAGGAUGUCAACGAUAACAAUCCGAUUUUUGAUCCGAAAGUGUACGAUUGCGUUGUGGCUGAAGAUGAUUCUCCAGGAACACCUGUAACAUCAGUCACUGCAACUGAUAUAGAUGAAGAUACAAGGAUUCAUUAUGAGAUUAGCAGUGGUAAUACUAGAGGGAGGUUUUCUAUAACUUCACAAAAUGGUCGAGGAUUAAUCACGGUUGCGCAACCUUUAGACUACAAACAAGAAAAACGUUACGUUCUAACAGUAACAGCUUCAGAUUCCGGUGGUAGGACUGACACUGCUACAGUGUAUGUGAAUGUAUCAGAUGCAAAUAAUUUUGCGCCUGUGUUUGACUCUGCGCCAUAUUCAGUCAGUGUUAAUGAAGAUGUACAAAUUGGGUACACAGUCCUCUUGGUGACAGCAAGUGAUAAUGAUGUAGGUAUUAACGCGAAGAUUACAUACACCUUGGGUGAAGAUUCCGUUGAGGUGCAACCUUUUACCAUCAACCCACAAACUGGAGCUAUCAUAACCACAAAGUUAUUGGAUAGAGAAUCUGUUUCGGGUUAUUUGUUGACUGUCACAGCUCGAGAUGGUGGUCAUCCGCCAUUAUCAGAUACUACGGAUGUAGAAAUCACUGUGACUGAUAUCAAUGAUAAUUAUCCGAUAUUUAAACAACUGCAAUAUAGCGGUAGUGUGUUGGAAGAUGCAUUGUUAGGUACUAGUGUUGUGCAGGUAUCAGCUACCGAUGCGGAUAUUGGAUUGAAUGGACGAAUUCGUUAUAUUCUCAGCGAAAAAGACAUGGAAGAUGGUUCCUUUGUGAUUGAUCCAACUAGUGGGGUCAUCAGAACACAUAAAGGGUUAGACAGGGAAUCAGUGGCUGUUUAUAAUCUUGAAGCGUCUGCUAUUGAUAGAGGUAGUCCAGCGUUGAGCACAACAGUUCCUGUAGUCAUCCGCAUUGAAGACGUGAAUGAUUCCCCACCUACAUUUGAAUCAGAUAAAAUCACUUUGUAUAUAUCGGAAAACUCUCCAAUUGGAUCAACAGUAGGAGAAAUCUACGCAAAAGAUCCCGACGAUGGUGUAAAUGCAAUUGUACAAUAUUCAAUCAUCGGCGGAGAAGAUUCAGAAAGUUUCAGUUUGAUAACACGUCCAGGAUCCGAAAAAGCUGAGUUGAUUACAAUGACUGAAUUGGAUUAUGAAAGCUCGAGGAAAAAGUUUGAUCUCAUUGUAAGGGCUGCAAGUCCGCCAUUACGAAACGAUGUGCAUGUUGAAGUGGUUAUCAUUGAUGUCAACGACAACGCUCCGGUUCUAAAGGACUUCCAUGUUUUAUUCAAUAACUAUAAGGAUUGUUUCCCAACUGGUCCGAUCGGUAAAAUCCCGGCGUACGAUGCGGAUGUGUCAGAUAAACUUCAUUUUAGGAUAUUAUCCGGAAACAACGCGAAUUUAGUUGCUUUAAAUGAAAGCACUGGACAACUUCAACUAAGUCCUCAAUUGAAUACAAACGUUCCAAAGAUUGCCACCAUGGAGGUUUCGGUUACUGAUGGUAUUAAUGAUAUAAAAGCCAUUAUGCAAUUGACCGUUAAACUCAUCACUGAAGAGAUGCUCUUUAGUUCAAUCACAGUCAGGUUGAAUGAUAUGACGAAAGAAGCUUUCCUUUCACCAUUGCUAAGUUUCUUUGUUGAUGGCCUUGCAGCAAUUAUUCCAUGCCCUAAGGAAAAUAUUUUCAUCUUUAGUAUACAGGAUGAUAUCGAUGUGCAGAAUAAAAUUCUCAAUGUGAGUUUUUCUGUCAAAAGACCCGAUGUGCCACGAGAAGAUUACUAUUCCCAGCAGUUUUUGAAAGAAAGAGUUUAUCUCAACCGAGCUAUACUUGCCAGAUUAUCAACCGUACAGAUUCUACCCUUUGACGAUAAUCUCUGUGUUAGUGAGCCAUGUCUUAAUUACGAAGAGUGUUUAACUGUUUUGAAGUUCGGCAACGCUUCCGGAUUUAUUUCUAGUAAUACAGUACUAUUUCGGCCGAUUUAUCCGGUGACUACGUUUACUUGUCAAUGCCCUGAGGGCUUCACUGGAUCGAGGGAGCAUUACCUUUGUGACACCGAAGUGAAUUUAUGUUACAGCGCACCGUGUCAGAACAACGGCACGUGCCGAAUCAAAGAAGGUGGAUAUACUUGCGUUUGCCAACCGGGAUACUCCGGUAAUAACUGCGAAAUUAAAUUAAAUACAGACCCGUGCAAACCGAAUGUUUGUCGCAGUGGAGCAACUUGCACACCCAGGCAUAAAGGCGGUUUUGUUUGCGAAGAUUGUUCACCGAUUACAGGACAAGAACAUUACACGCCAUUAUGUGAGCUGAAAAGUCGUAGUUUUAGUAAGAAUUCUUUUCUGACGUUUCCAAGUUUGAAGCAGCGACAUCGAUUGCAUUUGCAAAUGAAAUUUGCGACUUUGAGCCCGAAUGGUUUGUUGCUUUAUAAUGGACGAUAUAAUGAAUUACAUGACUUUAUUGCACUGGAGAUUAUUAAUGGUGGUGUACAGUUUUCAUUUUCAUUGGGUAGUGAAGUUAGUCAUGUUGAGGCUAAUAUUCCUGGUGGUGUCGCUGAUGGAAAAUGGCACACUGUUACUGUGGCUUACUUUAACAAGAAGGUAACUCUUUCUUUAGAUGAAUGUGAUACUGCCCUAGCGCUGAAGUUUGGAGAUGAACUGGGUGGACAAUGGGCUUGCGCAGGAUUUGUCGAACACACUUUAGAAAGGAAAGUGUUAUCGGACAAAAAUGCGAUGCGUGUCGAAUCCGUAUGCUGGUUAUUGAGGGCCAGAAGGUGGUUUAUGAUGGUUGUCCAGAGAUUGCAGCGAAUGAGAUUUGGUGGCCUCACUUCGUUUGGAAUUGAAGCAAUUGAAGUAUGCGAAAGUCAUGGAAGCUCUGAUUUGUUCAAUUGCACUUCCGAUCGAUUUGUCGAAUUGAGAAAUCAGUUAUCAAUGAUUGAAAAAGGCGAGUUGAAUUUAAACACUUUUGUUGCUAUCCAAUUAGCUUCGGAUUUACACAAAGCUACUAAUGUUACGCCAACACUUUAUGGCGCUGAUGUUUUGAUCACGUAUGAUCUGAUUCAAGAGUUACUUAAACACGAAAAUCGCAUGCAUGGACUUAAUUUAACUCACAGUCAAGAUAAAGAUUAUAUCAACAACAUUGUGCAUUCAGCAAGCGCCAUAUUGGAUCAGAAGUACGAUUCACAUUGGAAACGCAUCACUGACGUAAGUGAUGGUAGUGCUGAGCUACUCGUUUCCUCACUUGCAAUGUACAUCAAUAUAUUGUCAGAUAGUCAACAUGAUACAUAUACCAGUCCAUUUGAGUUGGUGUCACCUAAUUUAGCGAUUGGUUUGGAUGUUGUCACACCAGAAUCAUUAUUUGGAUACGAACAGGAAAUCAUUUUACCUUCUGAUAGCAGUUUUACAACGGAAAAAGUUAUACUUCCAGAUACAUCACAAUUUUUGGAUGUUACAAAUCAAAAUACACCUAGUGGACCAGGACCUCUGGUAGCAUUCCCAAAAUACAACAAUUAUUUACAAGAUAGGAGUAAAUUUGAUAUGUUAUCCAAAAUAUUAGUACCCUUAAAACUUCUUGGUAUUAAACCCAUAGAAUCAGGAGAGUUGAUUACUAAACACAGCCUCCCUGAAAAUGGGGCUGUUAUCAGUUACGCGCAAUAUAAACAAGCCGGUGAACUCUUCCCUGCGCUGUAUGAUGAUUCCGUGCUUAGACGUUGGGGUGUGGACAUUACAAUCGGAUCUCCACUAAUGUCAGUUAGCAUACUUGUGCCUGAAUAUGUGAACGCCGUUUCCCCAUCGACUAAAAACCAGCCCAAGGUGUUUUUCGAAGAAGGCUUACUACCAUCAGGAAUGAACUUUAAAGAAUUUGAUAAGAAAUCAUUCGCUGAUGACAAACAUGAAAAUGAUGCAUACCUGAGAUCUGAACGUUUUAAACGCUCCAAUCAGAAACUGCUGUACAAAAGUUUAAGCAACGUGGUCUUGGAUCUUCCAAUUAGAUUGCAAAUCUGGCUGGAUCAAGAGAAGAUGAUUUUCAAUGAAAGAUCAAAUCCACAAUGCGUGCACUGGUCAACCGCACGAGGUUUUGGUGAAUGGUCUCGAGUAGGAUGUCACACUGAACUUGACAGCGAUUGGUUUGAUCUGGAUUCUGAUGAUCCACUAUUGGUAAACUGUACUUGCAAUCAUCUAUCAACUUUCGCUGUUCUCGUUGAUGUAGUGGAUUUGGAAUACAUUCCCGAGCCGUCUUUAAUGGAGAAUAUCUCAACGUACAGUUGCUUCUCGAUUGCUUUGCCGCUUUUAUUCGCUACAUAUUUAUGUUUGGCGUUUUUGCGUGGAGCGCAAACUAACUCAAACACAAUCAGAAAGAAUCUGGUGCUUUGCGUAUUCUUGGCAGAGUUAUUGUAUUUCAUAGCGUUGAAGGCAAGAAGGCCAAUGGUUUCCAAUGAAAUUGCUUGUAAAUUGUUUGCGAUGAGUUUGCAUUAUUUGUGGCUGGGUGGAUUUGCUUGGAUGUUAGUGGAUGCGAUACAUCUAUACAGAAUGCUGACAGAAAUGAGGGAUAUUAAUCAUGGACCUAUGAGGUUCUACUAUUGCAUUGGAUAUGUCUUGCCUGCGGUGAUUGUCAGUUUGGCUGUUGGUGUACGAGCUCAUCAAUAUGGCAACUAUUACUUCUGCUGGGUAUCGUUGUAUGAAAGCGUUAUAUGGUCAGUGGUGGGUCCAAUCUCCAUUUUGGUUUUCUUCAACUUGUGCGUGCUGUUGUUUGCCGUUCGUGCUGCUUUUACACUCCAAGAUCACGUAAUGGGUUUCGGUAACCUAAGGUCCCUACUAUGGGUCUCUGUUGUUGCCUUACCUUUAUUGGGAGGUGCCUGGGUACUGGCACUAUUGGCAGCUUCAGAAAAACAUCCACUCCUGACUCCGUUUUUGUCAGUAGCAGUUUUGAUACACGCAAUAUUCUCAUUGUUGGGUUAUUGCAUUGCAAACAACAGGGUGCGACAACAUCUAGUGCACAUGAUUCUACGUUGCAUGGGGAAGAAGGUGCCUCUCUUGGAGAACAACUCAGUGGCGGGUGUGGGCAGCACAAGCAGUCAAAACAUCAAUGCGCAAUCGCGUUCUGCAUUGGCUUACCAUUCAAGUGCAAUUGAGGCAGUCCGCAGGAACGUUGGCAUCUCCACCUCGAGUACCACCUCGCGUUCAACAACUAAAACUAGCUCAAGUCCCUAUCGAAGCGAUACUCACUUAAGACACACUUCAACGAGUACUUCAAACUACAACUCUACAAGCGAUGUUCCUUCGUACCUUCGCGGAUUUGAUCAUGAGUCUGCUUUACACCGCCAUAGGGAAAUUCCAGAAGAAGAUCGUAGAGAAAGACGACAUACACGUGAACAUUCAGGACAUGGACAUGGUCAUGGUCAUGGUGGUGGAGAGAGUGAUUCAGAUUCAGAUGGUUCCGAGGGUCGUAGUUUGGAUUUAGCGUCUAGUCACUCUUCCGACGACGACGAAUCUAGCACAAGAAGACAUCGUACUAAAAGUAAUGGCCAAUCACGUCAGGGUUACCUUCCCAACAUCACUGAGCAUGUGGUAACUAGAUGUGGAACUCCACCUGCAUUGAACGUUGUGACCAAAUCGCAACUGUUCCCUGCUGUGCAACCUUACGGUCCUCGAUGGUCCAGUCAACUGCCGGAGUCAUAUCUCCAUGGUUCAGUGCCUGAAGUUGGUCGUUGGUCAGCAGAGACUGGUUCCGAUAACGAAUUCUGCCAUAAAACAGGCUCACCCAAUCCUCUACCAAACCCUGAAAUGCCAGGUGAAACGUACGUACCACCAACGCAGUCGGAACAGUACAUGAUGCGAGCACAUUACGAUCAACAAUACGUCACCAAUAUGGGUCACAUGGGCAAUCUGGGCAAUUUGGGCACACUGAGUAAUUUAGGUAAAAGCAACUACAAAUUGGGUGCGCCACAUGACAACAUGAACUACCAUGAGUACCCGGAUAGAUGCUCCGAUGUGGAAGAGAAACACCACGUCGACGACAAGUAUUUAUUUCCUUACACAGCGGAAGAGGACCAUCUAACCACUAAUAAUUACAUGCAUCCGCCGUCGAGUAGGAUGAUGUCGCCAAUUGGAGGGCAUACAAACGACAUUAACAAUCCAGGCAUGGAUUAUCACGGUCCGAGAAUGGGUUCCCGGAUGGGUUCAGUACUAGGAUCUGUUCACGGAUCGCUUUGUGGUAGUGCCAGGGGAUCGCCAUCUCCAAUGAUGCCUCACAUGCCGACUAUGAUGCAUUCUACUCAUCAUUCAACGCCCGAUCCAUCACAGAAAGAAAUAGAUGAGGAGACAUCUGUAUAGCACCAAGCGUGUAAGCUCUCUGUGAGCGUCGUCAACACGCGACAUUGUAAUUCUAGUGCGAAUAUGUACAAAUUAAGUUUUAGUUCACAAUCUAAUUUAAGUAUUUAUGAUUUGCCAAGCAUUGUAAAAACAAAGCAUCUACAUGACAUUCCAUCAGAGUGAUAGGUUUGAGGCGUUCACGAGGAAUUGACUUUGAUUAAGACUGUUUUAGCGAUGAAGGAAGACGAACGACAAUCCCGCCAAUCUGCAAACAAAUUUGCCACGCGAUCAAAGCGAAGAAAAGACAUAUUUAUUGCUUGCUUUUUUUCAGCGAAUAUACCAUGACACUUGUGGGAAGAUAUUUAUAUUUAUAUACUUGUACACAGAUUUUAUUAGCGUGUAAAAAAAUUGUAUUUUUGCCAUAGAGUUCGUGGUUGUCGAUGCGUCAACGCGAGCACCGUAAGGUUUUGUACGUACUUAAUCGACGCAAUAUUCGUAUUUGUGAUAUUCGUCGACGUCUAGUUGGUUAGUUUAAAUAAUUUCGACCGAAGUAUGUUAUUAUUUGCCAGGAUUUAACAGUGCCUAAAGUAGCUUUUUGUACUCUUGAGUGAACUGUGUAUUUUCCUAGGAAGGGUGAGGACAUGUAAACAAACAUUGAGAUCUCAUCGGACUGAUUUUUCCACACGAUUUUUUGUACGUUUUGUGCAAUUCUAUUGUUCCAUAGUGUAAUUUAUAUAAGAUAUUAUAUUAAUGC